GACCAUAUAAAAAUGUAUGAGCAAUUCAACACUGAGAUGGUUGAAUAAAAGUUUUUUCAGCCAAACUGCAGCCCCGCCACUUUUUGCUAUAGGCCUAUUACUGAAGGAUGGGGUUGCACGAGAGACGACCGCUGUCCACUGCCCUGUGGUGCUGAACGUCAGAUCGCGGGAUUCCGAUUCAGGCGAGGACUUGGAAUAUAGCCAUCAGGAGAAAGGGAUGGAAGAGGAGGUGAAGGAAGAGGAGCCAGAUGCUCAACUAAAGGAAGAGAAGAAGGAGAGGAAGAAUGAGAGGAAGGCCAAAUGGAAAUCAAGUGCCAAGAAGAAAUCAGCUGACCAGGGCACUGAAGAAGGUCCCUCAGUUGCAUUCUGUUCACCCAGAGCUCAGUCUCCAGAUAAAUACCAAAACAGAGCGGCAGUAAUUCAACUCUUACAGGAGGAAUUACGCAAGAGUCUACUUCACCCCUCAGGAAUGGAAGAGGACGUCUGCUUCCCAAUCCUCAUCAAUUUCAUGAGGAAUCUUACUGAAAGGCAGUGGAAGGUGAUUCAGGAGGGCAUGAGAAAUCCUACAACCAAAGUACACCUUGCCAAAAUGUGUCGGAAGAUAGCGAAAACAGUUUCCCAUAUAGCGGUAGAGAUCCUCAUCCCGACCCUUGCACAAAUAUUAGAGCUUGAUGCCGCUAAGGAAGCUAGCUCCUCUCCCUCGCUGACUGGAUCAUUGUGCGCCAACAAUGCAAGCAUCCAGGAACAUGUGGUUAAAUUUAAUGAACAAGGUCUACCUAAGUGGUCUGGCAGUGGAAAGUCCCUGUGCAGUCAACGGGUCAAGACUCCCUACUCCUCCGCCACUGAUUUUGAGCAGUCACACAUGGUGACGUUUGAUGACAAAGAUCUAUCCACAAGGCCUAGCAGUGGAAGGUCUCUGUGCAGUCAACGGGUCAAGACUCCCUACCCCUCUUCCACUGAAUUUGAACAAAGUCUGGAAUUGAUCCGCGAACACAGUUACCACAAAAGAGAAUUGAGGACAAGCGGCAGUGGCACACAUUAUUAUAGCUCCCGCACACUCACUCCAUGUUCUUCUAGAAGUUCACAGACCUUGUUGCAGAGGGCACAUGGAGGAGAGGCUCGACUGACAGAUCCUCUGAAUGCCCUCUUUGGGAUCACAGAGAACACAAUUCUCCAGGCGCUGUGUGAUCAAUCCUGCUCUUCUGGCUCACCUGGAUUGACCAGAUCUGUGGUCAGAGAGGUCGUGAGUCAGGUUAACUCUGACAUCUCACUGAUUAUCUCCUGUUCCAGCUCAGCUAAAUCAGGACCAGUGUUGUGUGACACUGGCAGGCGACAUGCCAUGCAGGCCGCCCAGAAGCUGGUGUCUGUUAUCUGUGCCAAGCUGCGGAGGUUUGGAUUCACUGGACAGGCUGCGCCUCAAGCCAAAACCAAUCCAUCUAAGGAGAAUGUGGACAUUGAGGCUUCCCUUGCAUCGUUGACAGGAGAGGUCAUGGCUGUUAUGGUCAACUCCGGAGAAUGCCAGGAAGGAGAGCAAGGAACAAUGGAUGCGCUUCGAGAAAUCGCACACAAAGUCCAAUUUUUGGCUUCAAGAGAUAGUGUUUGUGGUCUUCUGCAAGACUCCCUAGAAGAGAAAAUAUCUCUGAAAGAGACUGUAUCCUCUGGCAGCAUGGCGAGUCAAAACAUGCUCAUAUUUUCACCUUCUGAGAAAAUGCUUAGAUCUCCUGUAAUGUCAACCAUUGAGAAAUUAUCCAGUGUUGAACUGAAGUCAGAAGCCACUAAAGCUAUUAGCGAAGUGCUCAUUAGGUCUAGUAGAAGUCUAUCUGCACAAAUGUCUGCUUGCACACCUGAGCCUUCAAGUAAUCUGGCCAGUGAAAGGAAUCUGCCAGCUAUGCCAGAAGAACAUUUAACAUCUACAAUUAAUAUAGGUUCUGAAGCCUCUGAAAUUAUGGAUUCCUUUCUGAGUGAUAUGAAGUGUAUCGCACAAUCAGAUUUCACAAAAUUGGAAGCUCUGCCCGUGGCCCUUAACCUUGCUAAAAAGUUACAGAAUAUGCUGAGGGGACUUUACUCUCGACUUUUGGCCCCUAAAAGCUCAGAUCGAGACAAAGAGGAGAAUCUAGAGCAAGCUAAAAACAUUUCUGCUCCUACUUUGAUCCAAAGGUCUUUUGGAUCCAACAAGAGUGAGCCCAUGCUUCCAGGGGUCAUCUCACCAGGAGCAGUGGCUCUUUGUAGAGGUCAGAGCGAAAGCUCCAGACCUAUGAUGGCUCUUAGCCCUCAGAUCAUUCAGCUUCACCUCGACUCUACCACUAAGGAGGUUAUGAGCACAAUUGUGUCAUGUUUCAAGCCAGAGGUUCCUGAGGAGGAAUUGACAUAUUCAGAUGAAAAAAUGUCAUCGGAUACAUCCCUUUUGGCCACUGAGUUUGUGGACCACAUCAUAGCUUGGUUAAAGGACAUCUCUGCCGCAAGUUCCGCAACCUCUUCAUCAGAGAGUUUGUGCGUUUCUCCUAAUGCAGUACUUUGCAAACUCACUAGUGAAACAUUUCAGACACAGGCAGCGAAACGAGUGAAACAAGUCCUAAGUAAAUCUGUCAGGUGCUUUUCCAACUUGGGAAGUUCCAGCCGAUCAGAUUUCCACACUAGUCGGGUCAGUCAAUCUGAUUUUGGCAUUCUACAGGAUUCCUCCUCAACUUCCUCUAUGAGCUUUGACUCAUCUGCUUUUGGUGUUGUUGCAACCGUUGUGAAAGACAUGAAGAGCCUGUUGCAGACUACCGAAUCAACUGAUAGUCUAGAGCCAACUGAUUCUGCCCUUCUACAUGGUACCUCAAGUUAUUCUGAGACUUCAAGCAAGAGCUGGCAAAGUGGUGUUGCCAUUUCUGAUUUUAAACGUUGGUCUACAGCACAGACUAUUUAUAGGCACCUGCGGAACAACUUGAGAGAGUUUUUCACCCGGCAUCAUCAACCAGAUGUAAAAACCACAGAUGCAACCAUGGCGCAAGCCAAGAAAAGCAUCAGCCAAAUCUUGGUUGCCAUCCAAGAGGACAUGAGCAGGUCGGAGGAAUUGAUGACCUCAGGGGAGCUGGUGCAACUCCAUGACAUUGUGGGAACAAUGCUGGAGGGUGUGGAGACAGUUUGCAGUGAGGGUGAUAAAGAGCAGGAGUGGCAAGAGCUUCAAAGACCUUCAUCUUCUUUAUCUACUGCUUCAAAAGGCUCAAGGUCUCAGAGAUUGGACAAUACUCACACUCUCCCAGGAACUCCAAUGUCAACUGAGUUACUGGACAAUAGCUUCCCUGUCGUUAGAAGCACAUGUAUUGAUGCAAGAGAUGAUAUUGCAUUUGGGGCCUCAUUGAGUGACCUAAGAAAAACCCUGAAUGGUGUGGUGAGCUUCAUCAUUGAAAAUCUUGAUCCUGAAGUGCUGCAGCAGACCACUUCUCCAGACUCUGAUCUAACACGUCUUGAAGAACUUAUCUCAAAGGAGAAGAUUCACUCAUUGUGCCAUGACCUUGUUGAUCAACUUGAGAGCCUCAUUUGGGAGCAGAACAGCAUCCCACUAAUCAAUUCGGUGGCAGUCGCUAAGUGUGUCUCUGACACAGUUUUGCUUAACCUUGCAAGGAGGGAAAACCAAGUGGGGAAACCCUUCUCCUCCAAACUCAUCUACAUGUUCGCUGAGGAGUCAGUGAAGCGAUUGCUGCUUCCUUUGAUCUUCCCUCCUUCAUCAUGGGGGUUGGAUCAGGAAGCCUCCCUUCAUGAUGUUCCAUCGAGAGCAUCUAGUCGCCGCAGCUCAAGUUCCACUACUUCUGGAGUGACUGUACUUGAUGGUUGUAGCUCUCUGGUGUCUGGCAGUUCAUCGCAGAUUUACGACGACACAGUGAAUCUGUUCACAAGAGCGAUCUGUUACCAAGUGAUGAACAACAUGUCUGGGGCCUCUAGUCACACAAUGGAGGACAACAUCCAUGACAGAGACGCAUCCGUCAUUGCCAUUGGGUCUGUGGAGCAGGCUCAGAGUUAUUCUAGUUAUCCUCAGGCUGUGAAUCAAGGCAUACGGAGGUUCAGAUUCCUCCCAAAGAUCUCCAAGUUCAGAAUCAACCUCAAGUUCUUCAAGCAGAGCAACAAAAACGAGGGACAGCCCUCAGAGGAAGCUCAGGACCAGAUUAAGGUUCCCUGUGAAGAGGAGCAUUGCAUAUCACCCUGCAUAGGGCCAAAGGCUGUCACGGCUUCACUUCAGGAGAGUUGUCCCUCCACUUCUCAACCCGAGGAGAAGAAACACAAACCCUCCAUCUUUGUCAGGAUGUUCUCAGCCAUCAACAAAGGCCUUCACAACACCUUCAAAUGUACAUCUAACAAGAAACAAUUGUUACAACCAGUAACAACACCUAAUUAAUCAAAUAAAGA